AUGUCUGACAAACGUAUUGAAACUGAUGCUUUUGGAGAAAUUGAGGUCCCAGCAGAUAAAUACUGGGGUGCUCAAACUCAAAGAUCGUUAACUAAUUUUGAAAUUGGUGACAUCAAAAUGCCCUUUCCCAUCAUUAAAGCAUUUGGUAUCCAGAAGAAAGCAGCAGCAAUAGUCAAUGAGAAAUUUGGAUUAUUGGAUUCUAAAAAGUCAAAUGCAAUUCAGCAAGCUGCAGAUGAAGUGAUUGCAGGCAAAUUGAGUGACAAUUUCCCCUUGGUUAUUUUCCAAACUGGUUCUGGUACUCAAUCCAAUAUGAACGCCAAUGAAGUGAUUUCGAAUAGAGCCAAUGAGAUUUUGGGCGGUGAAAAGGGAACAAAAAAGCCGGUCCAUCCUAAUGAUGAUUGUAACAUGUCACAGUCCUCCAAUGACACAUUCCCAACAGUUGCUUACAUUGCUGCCGUGAUCCACAUUGAAGAGCAUUUGAUACCCAAUUUAGUUGAAUUGGAAGAUGCUUUUCAAAAGAAAGUUGAUGAAUUUCAAAGUAUUAUCAAAAUUGGAAGAACACAUUUGCAAGAUGCAGUGCCAUUGACGUUGGGUCAAGAGUUUUCCGGGUAUGUGCAACAGUUGAAGUUUGGUAUCGAAAGAGUUAAGCAGACCUUACCAAGAUUGUCAUACUUGGCCCAAGGCGGUACUGCAGUUGGAACCGGGUUAAAUACUGUCCGUGGAUUUGAUGUCAAAAUUGCAGAAGAAAUCUCCGAGCUCACUGGUUUCACUUUCAAGACAGCACCCAAUAAGUUCGAGGCUUUGGCGGCACAUGAUGCCUGUGUAGAGGCUUCUGGAGCUUUGAACACUUUGGCAACAUCUCUAUACAAGAUCGCCAAUGACAUUAGAUAUUUGGGUUCGGGGCCAAGAUGUGGAUAUGGAGAAUUGGCACUCCCUGAAAAUGAGCCAGGUUCGUCCAUUAUGCCAGGUAAAGUCAACCCUACCCAAUGUGAAGCAAUGACCAUGGUUUGUGCACAAGUUAUGGGGAACAACACCACAAUUACUUUUGCAGGUGCAUCAGGACAAUUCGAAUUAAACGUGUUUAAACCUGUAAUUGCCUACAACUUGUUAAACUCUAUCAGAAUAUUGGGAGACGCAUCUAGGUCAUUUAGAAUUCAUUGCGUUGAAGGCAUCGUGCCAAUAAAGGAGAAGAUUGACAAAUUUUUACACGAGUCAUUGAUGUUGGUUACUGCUUUGAACCCCAAAAUUGGUUAUGAUAAUGCUUCAAAAGUGGCCAAGAAUGCACACAAAAAGGGCAUUACUUUGAAAGAGUCGUGCUUGGAAUUGAAAAUGUUGACCUCUGAGGAGUUUGACCAAUGGGUAAGACCUGAGGAUAUGAUUGGCCCCAAGGAUAUUUAG